ACUUCUCUCUUUUACAGCCCCCGUCCUAACCCGUGCCAUGAGAUCCUGGUUACUCAGUAACCAGAGUUUCGCCUUUAAAAAGGCCCUUUUCUUGACCGUCUAAGUCAAAGGUCUGCUUCGUCUCUGCCAUCCCAGAAAGAGCCCCAAUCGUGGUUCCAGCCAUGAAAGCCGGCCCGAUGCUAAUCCUUGGUUUGUGCCUUCUCCCAGCCCUGGCCGAAGGCAUCACCGUCCAGGUUGACGACUUGAGCUUCUCCUGGGAGUCGGUCAAAGCCCUGAAGAAGAUCUUGGUUCCUGCACCCCAAAACCCACGCUUCCGGAGCCGAGAACCGGCGCCCGUGUGCUUGCACCCCCAACUCCCGCGCGAAUUCCUGCCUCUUUGCGCUAAGCCGAAGGCCGCCAGCGUGUUCAGGGCCCUUGAGCGCAUCGCCAGCGAUCCGGAGACCUGCGAAAUCUGCUUUAACGUCGCCUGCUCCGGAUGCUAAGGGAGAAGCGUCCGUGCUUCUGGGCCCUCCUGUUGUGACUGUCUGCAACCUCCUGCUAGAAGUCGCCUCCGUCGCAUUGCGUGUCACCUCUGUGGACUGCGGGACUGGUAUCGAGAGAGGAGAAGCCACGCAAGGCCAGCCCUGAUGAUGUUGCCUAGUUGGGUCAUGAAACGUCU